AUGCCCGAGGAGGCGGGCUUCCCGCCGGCCAAGAGGUUCCGGCCGGGCUGCGGGCCUGCCGGGGGGCGCGUGGUGAUGCUGCUGGCCGCGGGCGGCGGCGGCGGAGGCCGGAGGCAGCAGUCGGCCCUGGCGCAGCCCGCGGCCAGCCCCUACCCCGAGGCGGUGGAGCGGCAGCGCCGGAGCCUGCCCAUCUUCUCGGCGCGGGGGCAGCUGCUGGCCCAGCUCCGGAACCUGGACAGCGCCGUCCUCAUCGGGGAAACGGGCUCUGGGAAGACGACGCAGCUCCCGCAGUACCUCUACGAAGGGGGGGUCGGCCGCCAGGGUAUCAUUGCGGUGACCCAGCCUCGCCGAGUGGCUGCCAUCUCUCUGGCCAUGAGAGUCUCCGAUGAGAAGAGAACUGAGCUCGGGAAGCUGGUGGGCUACACAGUGCGCUUCGACGACGUGACCUCAGAGGCCACCAGGAUCAAGUUCCUGACGGACGGCAUGCUUCUACGAGAAGCGAUUUCCGACUCUCUGCUGCGCAAGUACAGCUGUGUCGUGUUGGAUGAAGCCCACGAGCGGACUGUGCACACCGAUGUGCUCUUCGGGGUGGUGAAGGCCGCCCAGAAGAGGAGAAAGGAACUGGGGAAGCUGCCUCUCAAAGUGAUUGUCAUGUCCGCGACCAUGGACGUGGAUCUGUUCUCGCAGUAUUUCAACGGAGCACCCGUCCUCUACCUGGAGGGUCGGCAGCACCCCAUCCAGGUGUUCUACACCAAACAGCCGCAGCAGGAUUACCUGCAUGCCGCGCUCGUCUCCGUCUUCCAGAUCCACCAGGAGGCCCCUCCUUCUCAGGACAUCCUGGUGUUCCUCACCGGGCAGGAGGAGAUCGAAGCCAUGAGCAAGACCUGCCGAGACAUCGCGAAGCACCUCCCAGACAGCUGCCCCUCCAUGCUGGUCCUUCCUCUCUACGCCUCCCUGCCCUACGCCCAGCAGCUCCGCGUCUUCCAGGGGGCCCCAAAGGGCUGUCGCAAAGUGAUCGUUUCAACCAACAUCGCUGAGACCUCCAUAACCAUCACGGGAAUAAAAUAUGUGGUCGACACGGGCAUGGUUAAAGCAAAGAAGUAUAAUCCUGGCAGCGGCCUGGAGGUGCUUGCCGUGCAGCGCGUGUCCAAGACCCAGGCGUGGCAGCGCUCGGGCCGGGCCGGCAGGGAGGACAGCGGUGUCUGUUACCGGCUCUACACGGAGGACGAGUUCGAGAAGUUUGAGAAGAUGACUGUGCCGGAGAUCCAGAGGUGCAACCUGGCGAGCGUGCUGCUGCAGCUCCUUGCAAUGAAAGUCCCCGACGUGCUCACCUUUGAUUUCAUGUCCAAGCCCUCUCCAGACCACAUUCAGGCAGCUGUCGCCCAGCUGGACCUGCUGGGUGCUCUCGAACGGAAGGACGACCAGCUUACCCUGACUCCACUGGGAAGAAAGAUGGCAGCUUUCCCUUUAGAGCCCAGAUUUGCCAAAACCGUACUACUGUCCCCCAAGUUCCACUGCACCGAGGAGAUCCUGACCAUCGUUUCUCUGCUGUCGGUGGACAGCGUUCUGUGCAGCCCUCCGGCCCGGCGUGAUGAGGUGCAGGCCGUCCGCAAGAAGUUCGUGUCCGGGGAGGGGGACCACAUCACGCUGCUCAACAUCUACCGGACCUUCAAGAACCUGGGCGGCAGUAAGGACUGGUGCAGAGAGAACUUUGUCAACAGCAAGAACAUGCUGCUGGUGGCCGAAGUCCGAGCGCAGCUGAGGGAUAUCUGCCUGAAGAUGUCCAUGCCGAUGGUGUCCUCCCGCGGGGACGUGGAGAGUGUCCGCCGCUGCCUGGCGCACAGCCUGUUCAUGAGCGCGGCCGAGCUGCAGCCGGACGGCACGUACGUGACCACGGACACCCGCCAGCCGGUGGCCAUCCACCCCUCGUCCGUGCUCUUCCACUGCCGGCCGGCCUGCGUCGUCUACACAGAGCUACUGCACACCGGCAGGUGCUACAUGCGGGACCUGUGCGUCGUGGACGCCGACUGGCUGUACGAGGCCGCCCCCGACUACUUCCGGAGGAAGCUGCGGGCGGCCCGUGACUGAGCCCCCCGCCCCCCCGGGGGGGCCUGGCGUUGGGGGGCUCAACCAGCCCGAGCCCGGAGCGCAGGGCCCGACGACCCCCGAGCCCGGCACGCAGAGCCGCGCGCUUCUGUUUAGGGGGUGGCAGCUGCAGCCCUGGGCGCUCGGUCCCCGGGGGCGCUCCCCCCGGAACUGCCGCAUGGGGGCGUCGUAGCAGCGCGCCAGGGUCCGCGCCGGGCCCGCAAUGGACAGACCGUGAGACGCGGGCCCCCGCGCCCCGGGUGAACCCCCGAGUCCCUGUGACGGGGAGGAUCCCCGAGAGGGUACCCUGCGGGGUUGCAGAGCCCAGCUGUUGUGCUUGGAUCCGUUCUCACGUUCUAGAAGUUUGAGGAGGGCCGUGCUCUUGGCUCUCCCCUCGUGAACCUCCCGCCCCAGGGCGCCAGCCUCCUUGCGGCUCCUGGGCUCUGAGCCGGGCGGUGGAGGCGUGCUGACCUGGCGGUGGGCGGCCCGCAGCACGGGCCCUGGCCGCGUCUCUGCCCAGCGGGGCACGUACGACCCCGCGGGCCUAGGGCCGGGCGGGGAGCUCUGGGGGCGGCUGGAGGGGGCGGCCGGUGAGGACCCAGCCGCACCUGGGGUUUGUGCUCUUGCGUCUCAUUCUUUGUCUCCGUGCUUCCUCCUUUUUGGGGACAGGGGGACACGGCCUGGCUUUGCUCCUUCCUGCGUGAGCUGGUCCCGCCUCUGGGCCUCAGUUUGCACGUCUGUCAGAGGGAGUCCCAGGGUCUCCAGUCUCUUCCCGGCCUCGUGUUCUGAGAAGGGGAGAGACACCAAAGGUUCCUCUUCACUAUUUAAUCACCAUAAGCAAGUCAUCUUUUCCCAGAGAGUGUUUUGCCCUAAAAGAAGCCGACUUAGCAUUUUUCCUGGGCUUGGUGGGUCUGAACACAGAUGUGCAGUAUUUCUGUCAUUGCUUACCGGGUGGACCGCGCGGCUCCAAAGCAGGGGCCACACUGCCCGGGACGCUCUGCAGAGACCACGGGCAGGCUUCACUCUGGGGCGGGGGCUCGGCCUCCCCGUUGAUUCCCACCCGAGCACCCCAGCGUCCGGCCAGGGCCGCGGGGUCCUAGAUACCCCGUCUUCCUGAAUUCUUAAGACUUUCAGCUGGCUCUUUCUCAGACCACCUCGUUCUUUGCGGUUGCUGACUUUCUGACGAGUUCAGAAAAAUUUUAACUGUUUUUUUCAUUUCUUAAUAGAGGCCUAGGAUGUUCAGCCUGAUGGGAAAGAAUACAUUGUAUUUUUAAUAAAAAGUGAAUCAUGCUGGUAAACAGUGGGGAGUGGGUGAUGACGUUCCUCAGUAUGUUCUCUGGGGUUCCCUGGGGCAAGGGCAGCAUCCGCCCUGCUCAGUACCUGUUCGAGCGGGAGCCCGGGGCACAGAGCUUGCAACAGCUUUAAUGUUUCUGUACAGAAAGACGUUCGUCGCCGCAACAUUCUGGCAGAGUUUUGAUACAGUAGUUUUUUUUUAUCGGGCUUUUCAAAAAGUUAAUUUUUAACCUAGCUGCUCAGGGAUUGAACCAGAUUGGAAACCCCAUUUUGACUACGAAUUACUAUAAAGAAAUAAACGGCUGUUUAUACCGAGCUGCAGGGGACACCGCACUUUCUUAAGUUCCGUGUUUCCUAUUGACGUCGCAUCGCCAUCCGUGAGAAGACCUCUGAGGUGAGACGCCCCUUCCCAGCCUGGGCCAUCUCUCCGGAUGAAUCACCAGCUGCCCCAAGCAGCCUCGUGGGGGGAGAUGCCCUCCCCGCAGACCACAGGCCUCCUGUGCUCCCGGCGCGCGGCCCAUGCGUGGAGUCCCCACGAGGGACGAACCGCCAGCACCCAGUCCCUGACAAGAAGCCCUCCUUGGGCGGCACCUCUGCAGGCUGCGGAGGGCGGGCAGGACGGAGGCCGGUUCUCGGACCUCCCUGCGCCCGCGUGAUCCCGCCGUUCCGGCGGCUUGGCCAGGCCAGGCGUGACCACGGGCUUCCUCCAGCGCGCCAGGACCCGCGGCACUGACGGGAAGCGAGGGCUUUAGGUUCUGACUGGAUUAUGAGAACUUGCCGGAGAAAACCCCAACUGCUCAGGUUUACGUUGUGUUUUGAGUCUGUUGGGACAGACAGCCCCGCGGAAUCAGCAGCUCCUGUAUAUGACGGUCCACCGAACGCAGGACUGUCAGAUCCAUUAAAGCUGAAUCU